UCCAUUUGAGGAAUAAGAUUAUCCUACUCAGAAGGGUGUAAUGUGAUGGAAACAUCAUCGUCCUCCAAUGAUUCAAAGAAAGGGCAUGAAGUACUUCUCAGCUUCAGAGGUGACGGCACGCGUAACACUUUCACUGGCCAUCUCAACGUUGCUUUGAAAAGGUGUGACAUCAGAACCUACAUAAACGACCACGACCUCAAAAGAGGGGAUGAAAUAUCCUACACCCUCCUCAAAGAAAUCGAGGAUGCUAAUCUUUCCGUCAUCAUUUUCUCCAAAAACUUCGCCACCUCAAAGUGGUGCUUGGACGAGGUUGUCAAAAUACUCGAGUGCAAACAAAGGCACGGGCAAAUUCUGCUGCCUGUUUUCUACCAUGUGGAGCCAUCCACGGUGCGAAAUCAAACAGGAAGUUAUCCAGAAGCGUUUGCUGAAGACGAGAUGCGUUUUCAAGGAAACAUGGAGAAGGUGCAAAAGUGGGGCAAAAUUUCCAAAUAGGGUCCCUUUUACAAAUUUAUUACCAGAAUGGGUCUGUUUCAUAAUUAUUUAUCAAGGGAAUCUCUUUUUUUACUACAAAGUGUUACUUCUGAAGGCGCUUUCCGUGAAACAGUGACACGUGGCGUGACGGGACAAGUUGAGAGGGGAUGAUGGGACAGGGGGGAAGUGUUGGCCUGUCAGACGCGACCACUAGUGGUGGCCUGCCAGGCGCGACCACUAGUGGUGAACAGCCAAACACUUCCCGCUUCCCUAUAAAACCCUUUUUCCUCCGUUUCAUUUUCAUUAUGCGUUGAAGUGAGCUGAGUUGAAUCUGACUUGUUGCUGCUAUAUGUAUUAGUGUUGAAGCG